UUAUUCUUUUGUCUUACGUAGCUUUUCAAAUAAUUUGAAGGAAUUUUUACCAUCACAAAUAUUACUACUGCUGUGUCUGACAUAUAUACCGUGUCGUGUGUAAAAGCUGUAAAGCACUGUAUAAGGCACUAUAGAAGGUGCAAAAUCAAAGAAAAAAGUAUUGAAAAAGCAGCCGACAGGUGUGUGGCGUGUGGUGUGCAUUGCUGUUGCUGAUGUAAGUGCUGUAACUGAAGGUGGUGCAGUUGCUCUGUGUGCUGUGCUCUUAUUGUGUUGAAGAUAAAGUCGGUGCAAUGGGUGGUCUACUUAGUUACUUUCAAAACCUUCUGGGUAACAGGGAAAUGAGGAUUUUAAUCCUUGGCCUAGAUGGUGCUGGAAAAACAACAAUCUUGUACAGACUCCAAGUUGGAGAGGUUGUGACUACUAUUCCAACCAUAGGCUUCAAUGUGGAACAAGUUACGUAUAAAAACCUAAAGUUUCAAGUUUGGGAUUUGGGUGGUCAGACAAGCAUAAGGCCUUACUGGAGGUGUUAUUACACCAAUACAGAUGCUAUAAUUUAUGUCGUUGAUUCUGCAGACAAAGAUAGAAUAGGCCUAUCCAAAGAAGAGUUGAUGAACAUGUUAGAGGAGGAUGAACUCCAAAACGCUGUCCUAGUAGUCUUGGCUAACAAACAGGACAUGCCGGGCUGUUUAACUGUAGCUGAAGUGCAUCAAGCGUUGGGUCUGGAUGCACUUAAAAAUCGUACCUUCCAAAUAUUCAAAACUUCAGCGAAAAAGGGCGAGGGUCUAGACCAAGCCAUGGACUGGCUGUCGAACGCGCUGCAGGUUAAAAAAUGAUCGAGCGCCUGUCACUCGUAUGUAACAACAACGGGACACUUUGCACAUCAGACAGUCACAUUAUUAUCAAAAUCAUCCUUGCCGUCUGCAGGACUAGUCCAUGUGGCUCUCGUUACGUGAAUUUCCAGCUUUGCUGUCAGGAAUUCCACAUAAUAGAUGGGGACCUAUAUUCCUGUGCUGAUUUGCAUGAUUAAAAAAAAAAAAGGAAAUAUUAAAAUAAUGAUAAUAAUGAUAACGUCAUGUGAAAAAUCUAUUUACGAGAAAAAGUCUGACAGAAGCACACAAUUGAACUAGAUGUAACGUAUGUUUUAAAAUGCCGUUAUUCUCGCAUUCUCGGUGGUAUGGCCCCAUAUUUAAAUACUUACACAAACAAAUAUACCUACUGUGUUUACUUUUUGCAAGACUUUUUCUUACAACGGGUAGGUUUAGUAUUUUAAAAUACAUUUAUAUAUAUAUAAUAUAAACAAGUGUAGGUAUAGGUACGUGGAUUCUGAAAGUUUUGUCUCGUCUGUUUUGACAGAGUACUUUGUUAACUUUUGUAAUAUGGGUCGCAUUAUAUACACCUAAUUCUGUACAAGUACUUUCAAAGCUCAACUGCUUAGUUUUUUUAUUGUUUUAAAUGAAAAUACGGUAUUUUUUUCGAUUACCAUGUAUUUAAAAAAAUAUUUAAUUAAUUUCAUGUAUAAUAUUCGUGAAAUUGUAAGUUUACGAGAUUAUUGUUCAUUGCAUAGUGUGUACGCGUGUUUGUAUGUGUGUUACAAUGUACGAAUGUCGGUAAGGUAGGAUUUUCGAGUUAUCAAGAAUAAAGCCAUUGGCGUUACACGAGAUCACUUCGAUGACUAAAUAGUAGUAAAAAAAAAACUACAUAAUUUUAUUUAAGCAAUUUGUUAAGUUGGUUCAUGGAAGCCGAGCAUGGCUCUUUUUAUUGUACAAAUAAUGUGUGACUUUGAUGGACACCAAGCAACUAUCUUAUUAUUUAUCACAUAAACUUUAUCUUUUUCCAUCUG